AGCAAGAUCGAGUCUUCUUCACCCCCUUCAAUCCAAAAACAGAAGACACCAUUAACGAGAUUUCCGUUCCAUCUCAAAGAAAGAGAAAGAAGAGAAGUCACCACAUCAAGGCACCAAGCUCUGCCAUGGCUUCCCACACCACACUCACCGUCAUCUUUGGCUUCGCAGCCGUGUUCUGCUGCCUCCAACUCCUUGAAGCCACAACCAAGUUCCAGACCUCGCAGAGUCUCUUCGCUCGGCUCGCCGCCGGCGCUUUCCUCUCGGUCGUUCUGACCACCUUCACCCUCACUCCGCUGCUCCUGUUCGCGUACGUGCGCGCGCUCGGCCGUGCCAACGCGCCUCGCGGAUCCGAGGAUCAUUUCUUGGGGCGCCUUGCCAGGGCGACACUCCUCACGGCGAUGGCGGCGCUCGUGGCUGGAGCCGUGCUGCGCCUCGUUGCUGGUGGGUUUCUUGGCGGCGCCGACGACGUCGGGUGGCUGAACACGAAGUGAGAACCGAUUCCCUCUUCCCCAUGUAACUUGUAAGUGGUGCCACUGUGUGUUCUAGACUUGUAGGCAUCUGAACCUCCAAGUCCUCUGCUCUGUUGAAGUAGUUCAGUAACCAGUAGUACGUCUUACUGGCCCUGUCUGAUAUACUCACAUGUGAAGUGUUUGAUGCCUGUACAUAGGAUUGUUUUCCCUCAAUAUACAUGGUGGUGUUCAAAUUCAUCUCCUUAAUCGUCAGUGUACAGGCAGAAACACUACUCCACUAUGUAUUUAUUUUCACUGUGUCUGCUCUUAAGCUGUCCUCAGAUCUUGGAUCCUACUGUGCAGAUUUUUCAGUUCUGUUCCUAUAUGCUACAAAUGCUGAUUUUUCAGUUCUGUUCCUGUAUGCUACAAAUGCUUUUAAAUCAAUCCCUCUUUCGGCUGGUGCUGAAAGCGAAGCGUGA